UUUCGUGGCCCAAAUGACACUGAAAUCAACAUCUUCAGACCCGAUUUUCAUGCUGUACGCAUGAAGCACACCGCUUCCUUGAUUUCUAUCCCGGAAAUUCCUAAAGAUCACUUCCUUCGCUGUAUUCAACAAGCCGUAGCCAACAAUGCCGCGUUCGUCCCUCCUCACAGUACAGAUGGCAUGCUAUAUAUCCGACCUAUCGUCUUCGGUUCUGGACCUCGGAUCUUGCUCAGCCCUACUGACAAAUAUACCUUUUGUGUCUACGUCACGCCUGCAGCCGCCUACCACGGUAUCAAAGCUGUGGACGCUUUGAUCGUGGAGGACUUUGACCGCGCUGCUCCUCGAGGGACUGGUUCAGGCAAAGUGGGUGGCAAUUACGCUCCUGUGAUGAAGUGGGCCGAUAAAGCAAAGAGCGAGGGAUUUGCCAUUACGCUGCAUCUUGACAGUCAAACAAGGACUGCCAUUGACGAGUUUUCGACAUCUGGAUUUGUGGGCAUCAAAACUGAGGGUGAGAAAAUCAGUAUUGUAAUCCCUGACAGCCCUAGCAUUAUCAAAAGCGCUACCAGUGACAGCAUCCAACAACUGGCUAGGUCUUUUGGAUGGGAGGUUAAAUAUGAGGAGCUGCCACAGUUUUCUGAGGUGCUUGCCUGCGGGACUGCUGCAACCGUACUACCGAUCAAAUCGAUCACGAUGAGGAGCACAGCGGACAAGUUUGUCUAUGGAGACGGAAGCCCGAAUUCGGGGCAGGCUGCUCUGAGACUUGGCAAGGCACUUGAAGCUAUUCAGAAGGGCAAAUCCAAAGAUGAAUUUGGCUGGGUCAUGAAGGUAACAGAUAUAUGA